AUGGAACCUAAAUUUGCUCGAUUUGCGAUGCUCACGGGAGUUCCCGAAAUGCAAACAAGAGACUCAGCAGAGGAAAACAACAUCCAAGGUAGACUGGAGCGACUUGAGCACACAGUCCAGCAGUUGACAGAUUCUGUCAAUCGAGCCCUGCAGUCAAUCACUCCCGCACCACCUCAGACAAAUCCUGGGAUACCGAAGCGAACUUAUCGACACGUUUCUACAGAAAAUGGGGGUUCUGAGACGAGGCUAUACGUUGGCCCCUCGCAUUCUUUCUCCUUCCUGAAGGAGGCAUCGGCCAACAUUGAUGCAAUCCGUCAAUCACCGGGCAGUUCUACUAGUCAGAGCGCGCAUUUGGAGCUUCAAUACCUCUCCGGUCAAUUAACCACCACAGAAGUUCAGCAGAACAAUGCAGAAGAUUCGACUACGUUCUAUAUACCUUCAAGGGCAACCGGCUACCGCUUGAUCAGCAGAUUCUUAGAGUAUAAUGAGCUGGGUGAACCUUUCUUCUCCCUUCCAUCAGACGAUGUCAUGAGACAAGUGGUAUUUGAACCCCACAAAGUCCGUGAAAGGGCAUGGAUCGUCUACUUCAAUUACAUGAUGCUAUCCGUCGCCUCCAACGAGAAUGGCGAGAAUGGCGAAACGAACAAUUUUCGACGCAACGUGCAACUCGCGCUGAAUGAUAGCCGUAUUUUCCUGGAACCACGUUACGCCAACGUGCAGACUCUAUGUCUCCUGGCAAUGCAUGGCGAGGAUUAUGCGGCACCGAAUCUAUCCUGGAUGCUGUUGGGACAUGCAUGCAGGCAGGCCGAAGCUCUGGGAUUACAUUCGCCGGGUCAUCAGGAUUUAGACUCGCGACAGCAACGACUCUGUCUCUUUUGGUUCCUUUUCUUAUUAGACAAAUCAUGCUCCCUCGCGUUCGGCAGACCGGCUUUUCUUCCCACGGCAUUGUAUCAGAAUGUCCCCGUGCCAGACCAGUCUUUCUUGCUCAAAUUCCACCCGCACGAGCGUGUCGGAUUUGGGGAUGGGCAGGUGUCUUCAUAUGGCUCGCGCUUUGGUGCUGAGGUAGUUACACGCUCUAUUCAGUGGGCAAAGCUCGCAGGGUCGGUUGUGGAUCUUCUCGCAAUGGAUGCCUCAGUACCUCGAAAGCAAGAGAUUCGAUCAAGCCUCGAGGCUUGGUAUUUAGACACCAACCAGGUACGUUGGAAAUCUUUCAAUGAGAGAAAGGCUCGUGGUUUUGAUAUUGGAGAACAGUCCCUCAGAAAUAUCUUGGACGUCGAAAGUGCUUUGGCAACUGCCAGUCAGAUCCGAGAAAUGACAUUGGGAAUCAGCACUACGAAGUUUCAGUAUUUACAUUCCCUGAUUCUUCUGCUCCAGGGAGAUGAGUCUUCCUCGACUCUACGCCUUUCGUCUUCCCGCGAGGCCAUCUCUACCCUGAGCUCCAUGGUGUCGAAUUGGGCCUCUGUGUAUAAUGGAGUAGUAUGGCAACUUCUAUAUUGUCCGUUUACCCCUUUCUUCGUGAUAUUCGGAAACAUCGUCCACAACAAUAGCGCCCAUGCCACGGUCGAGCAAGAUCUAAAUCUUUUAUCGGCCACGGUAGACUACUUCGCAGCAAUGAAAUUGCAGAUGCGCUUGUUGGCUACUCUAUGCUCCAGGCUGCAGCACACUGCGUCUGCUUUCCUCCAACUAGCCCAGGUUCAUGUUUCUCGUUGUGCCUCGACACAGGCUAUUGGAAAGCCCGCUGAGUCAUUUCAACCGCCUGUACCAUCGAUAGACAGCCAUUUCCAGCACCCUGCAGAUGUAAUGGAUGUUGAUUUUGGGGAAUUAGACGUGGCCAACUAUCUCGAAUGGUUGCCUGCAGAUAUGGGCUCCCCAUGGCCUAUGUUUGGCGCUGAUCGACCGCAGGUGUCUUCUUCACGUCUUGCAUCAGCCGUGUUUGCAGAAGAUGACCCGGACUAUAAGCCAUGGUCAAACUUCCGGCCUAAUAAUGUUACUGGUCUCAAUCAGCUUUAUAGCUGGGUUGGAUCUUACUACAAUGGGACCACAGAAGUCGAACUGAACCCAACAAUCGGAUAUUCACAAGAUGAUCCGGUGUGUCCGAAUCAGAAGAACCGCACCACAAUCCUCAAAUUCGAAUCACAGUUGGCGAUUACACAACGAGGCACAUACAACACAGGCCUCAACUCAGUUAAUUUAUGGUUGAUCAUGUUCCCGCCGAAUCAGAAUAUAUCCGAACUGCCAUAUCAGAAUGAGAUCUUUGGACACAGGAGCAAGAUCAUGUUCCCCCUACUAUCUUCACCACCCACCUGGAAAAACAGGGAGAAUACAACCGUGCACGAUCGUUUCAACAUGACUACGACGAAAUACCGCGAAUCUUUUACUCUCAAGGGGGUAGUUUAUAACAACAUAGACCGCUCUGCCAGCGCAUCCCUACAGUACGAUAUAAAUACGCCUGCUUGCAACUCCACCCGCGAGUACGGGAAUUGGACUAUGCGUGUUCCCGAGAGACCAUCGUGGGACACGGAAAACUGGGACGACUUCGAUGUACCAAUUAUGAGGGCGGGUUUUAGUGCGCAGGCGGCGAGUCUGGUCAUGGAUGGGUCUUUCGUCGCGUCUCCAUACCUUCGAGAAAACGUCUCCAACUACAUAGGGCCUCAGAUGGUUUCUAGGACUACUAUCCGUGGCAACAUUCAAGUUCGCUUCGACGGUAUUUUUGACGCUUAUCAUUCGGAUAUCCUCGAUAUCAACUCGACGACCCCCGCUUGGCUGCGCACUGUCGGGUUUGGAAAUAAUUCGUUGAAUAUCGCGGAUUCAUCGGGAGAGCGUCAUGUUCGAUCUGCGUUGUGGAGUGCUCUGGGAGUUCCUUUCCUUGUUGCCGCUAUUAUCUAUAUGUAA